CCGGUAAUAGAGUUGGUCAUGGCUGUACUCGACCACCUGGAGGGGUCGCCCAUGAUAUGUAUGAGCAAUUCGGCGCUUCGUUCUGCUCAACGCUGCAAAUAGGAACCUUUCCCUCUCAACUACGCAAUCACUACAUCCUCUCUCAAGAUGGCCGCUACCAAAACCGUUCAGGUCCCCCAUCUCGGCGGUAUCAAGGCCGGUUACGCCUUCUCCAACGACCGCUACGACCCCGCCAAACCGACAUGCGUUCUCAUCAACUCGAUGUGUAUGACUGUCUCGCUCUACCGGGAUCAGUUCAACAGCAGUCGCCUGACGGAUGCGAUGAACUUGCUGGCCAUUGAGCCUCUCGGUCAUGGCGCAACCAGCUCUCCCUCCGACCAUUUUACCUACUGGGAUACAGCCGUUAUGGCAUUGCAGGUGAUGGAUCAUUUCGGCAUUCAGAAGGCGUUUGCUUUGGGAACGAGUCAGGGUGGUUGGAUGGUGACCCGCAUGGCGUUGUUGGCGCCGGAGAGAAUUCUCGGUCUCAUGCCCCUUGGUACCUCGAUGGACUCUGAGUCGGAAGACUCGCGAUCCAAGGGGUGUUGGGAUCCCACGCCCAUUCUCAAGCCCUUCUUCGAGAAAUGGACGAGUGCCUCGGCUACCCCGGAUUUUGUCAUCGAUGAUGCGUGGUGUGGCAUGGUGGGCGGCUUCGGUUUCGGAGCAGCGGCGACGACCGAAUCCAGCGAGUUCUGGACCAAGACCUUGAAGGAAGUUUACCAAGGUGACGAGGGCCGAAGAAAGGCGCGGAUGGCGGUGCUUUGUCUGUUGGAGAGAGACGGACUGCUACUGCGACUAAGAGACAUUAAAUGUCCAGUCUACUGGUUACAGGGAACGGAAGACACGCCAUUCGGAAAGACCGUUCCAGGCGAACAAAUUCAACUUUUCACCUCGUCCAUGGAGGCCAAACUCGUAAUGAUCGAAGGGGGUGCCCAUUAUCUCAACGCUACCCACCCCGACCAAAUCAACGAGGCCCUAUUGGAUCUCGUCACCAAAUAUACCCCGUAAGGCACCAGGCCUGACAGGCCUGUCAGAGACAACUUCCGUCGAGCGGCGGCCCAACGGUCUGAACAAUAGCCUUUGUCUUAGUGGGGAUGGCUCAGCCGCGGAUUUCAUCGCGGCCAACCAUCCAAGCGCUACGGGCCAAAAGUGGCUCCGGCUAUCGUCUGGCUGUCCUGGCUCAGAACAUGAUUAUGAACGAUAGCCAGCACGUGUCGCACCAAAUGAAAUGAAUACGAGUAGAUUUUCCUCCGCGCCACUUGGCCAGCCCUUGGCCCACGGACUAGCCGUGCUAGACUAUCACUAAACAGGGCAUUGAGCCACGCUUCUUUUUUGGGGAGAAAGAAAAAACUUCACACCAAGGCAAUAGGCGGAUCCUGCAGAUCGUU